AUGGCCUCGUCUCUACCUCCCAAUGUCCAUCUCUCAAAACACCCUUGUCUUCGCGCAAAGCUCAGCCAGCUGAGAUCCAAGGGCACCAACGCUCGCGAAACAAAGACCCUUGUCCAUGAGAUUGCCUUGUUGCUGGGGGCUGAGGCGCUGGCCCAACUCGACGUCGAUCCGGAUGGAACAGAUGAAACCCCCAUUGGAUAUGAGUAUCCUUACGAGACCAUCGACUGCUCGAAGCUCACCGUUGUCCCCAUCCUGAGAAGCGGACUCGGUAUGGUUGAAGCAAUCCAAACUCUUCUGCCUGAUUCCGUUUCGGUCCACCAUCUCGGCCUGUUCCGCGAAAAGAUGACUCUGCAACCUGUUGAAUACUAUAACAACCUCCCCCAAUCCCCGGGAUCGGUAGCGAGGCUCGCUAUUGUCGUCGACCCCGUGUGCGCGACAGGUGCGACAGCAUGCGCCGCUAUCCAAAUCCUAAAGGAUUGGGGUGUCGAAAAGAUCAUCUUCUUGUGCGUUUUGGGCGCCCUCCCAGGUAUAGCAAGAGCCGCCGCGGAAUGGCCAGAGGGCACACAGGUAUGGGCAGGCGGUAUGGACGAUGGCCUGACUGAUAAAGGCAUGAUUAAGCCGGGCCUGGGUGACGUUGGUGAUCGUCUUUUCCUGACUAUAGGAAAAUGA